CCUGUCCCCGCCGAAGCUCUGGACCUUUCCAAAGCCAGGCUGAGAGGGUGGGGAGAGCCCAUGCGCUUGAGAAGCCAGGCUGUUUCUGGGCGGGGCUGCAGACUCCUCGUGCUGGUGUCACCGUGUCCUUCCGGGGAGACAGAGAGAGGGGGAGAGCCCGGGACCAGGGCCGGAGCGGCGGGCGGGGCUGAGCAGCGGGGAGCCGCUCCGGGUGCCCCCACCCCCGCGCGCCUCAGUGGUGCCGGCCGAGGGCAGGGCUCGCGGCUGCGGGGCUCGCGCCGCUGUCAGUGCGGCGGGGCGCGCGAGCGGCGCGGGCGCGGGGCAGCGGAACCUGGAGAAGCUGAGGGGGCGGUAGCGGCGGCGGAGGCGGCGGCGGCGACGACGACGACGACGACGACUCCCCCGCGCGUGUGCCCAGCCUCCUCCCGCCGCAGCUGCCCUUUUCCUCCCUCCCUUACGUCCCCGAGUGCGACAGUACCGCCUCCUUCCCAGCCGCGCGGCUUCCUCCAGACCUCUCGGCGCGGGGCCCUCCUUUACCCUUCUACAGACUGAACUGGAGCUCAGGCUGUCUCCCUGGAGCUGUUCAAAGACUGGAGGAAAUUCUUUAAAAUCUGUGGUGAGCCCUAUUCCUGGAGGCAGGUGGUGCUGACCCUGUAACCCAAAGGAGGAAACGGCUGGCUAAGCUCAGCAUUGUUACUGGUAGGCACCAUGUCCUUGAAGAUGCAGGCAAGCAACGUAACCAACAAGAAUGACCCCAAGUCCAUCAACUCUCGAGUGUUCAUUGGAAACCUCAACACAGCUCUGGUGAAGAAGUCAGAUGUGGAGACCAUCUUCUCUAAGUAUGGCCGUGUGGCCGGCUGUUCUGUGCACAAGGGCUAUGCCUUUGUUCAGUACUCCAACGAGCGCCAUGCCCGGGCAGCUGUGCUGGGAGAGAAUGGGCGGGUGCUGGCCGGGCAGACCCUGGACAUCAACAUGGCUGGAGAGCCUAAGCCUGACAGACCCAAGGGGCUAAAGAGAGCAGCAUCUGCCAUAUACAGUGGCUACAUCUUUGACUAUGAUUACUACCGGGACGACUUCUACGACAGGCUCUUCGACUACCGGGGCCGUCUGUCGCCGGUGCCGGUGCCCAGGGCAGUCCCUGUGAAGCGACCCCGGGUCACAGUCCCUUUGGUCCGGCGUGUCAAAACUAACAUACCUGUCAAGCUCUUUGCCCGCUCCACAGCCAUCACCACCGGCUCAGCCAAGAUCAAGUUAAAGAGCAGUGAGCUGCAGGCCAUCAAGACGGAGCUGACACAGAUCAAGUCCAAUAUCGAUGCCCUGCUGAGCCGCUUGGAGCAGAUCGCUGCGGAGCAAAAGGCCAAUCCAGAUGGCAAGAAGAAGGGUGAUGGAGGUGGUGCCAGCAGCGGUGGUGGUGGUGGCAGCAGCGGCGGUGGCGGUGGUGGUGGCGGCGGCGGCGGCGGCGGUGGCGGUGGUGGUGGUGGCGGUAGCGGCAGUCGGCCACCAGCCCCCCAAGAGAACACGACUUCUGAGGCAGGCCUGCCCCAGGGAGAAGUACGGACCCGAGACGACGGCGAUGAGGAGGGGCUGCUGACACACAGUGAGGAAGAGCUGCCUGACAGGAGCAAUGGCCACCAGCAGGUGAAGGGCAUCGCUGCCCCAGGCCUCAAGCCGGGCACCCAACCCUGGAUGCCACCCCCCAGCGGGUACCAGAGGAAAGCUGGCAGCAGGUGCCUCCUCCCCCAACGCAUCCCAGCCAGUGCCAUGUCCUCUGCAGAUGGAGUUACUGGCCUACUCCUUCCCCAUGAGCCCUCCCUGUCUGCACUGCCCAGGCCAGAGGGUAGAGCACAGGAGUUUCCCCACACUGCCUCCCCUCCCCAGGACACUCCCAGGCUUGGGUUUUUUCUGUAGGUUUGGCGGGGGGCCACAGGGAGGGGACCCUGACAAUAAAGAGAUUGGAUCCCAA